AUGACUUUACGAAAACCCAGCAAGUAUGGGACCAAAUUUAGAUCGAACUCGACGCCGUUCAACUCAAAGCGCGCGAAAACUGUCGAAUCCACUUCCCUCAGGUCAAGCGAAGCAACGUCACAAGAUGAGAAGUAUCAGGCAGUUAGGCUGGCAAAUAGCAUUGACGAGGCAAUGGGAUUUCCACGGUUUGAAGCCGGAAAGCCAAGGACUGAAGACCCAAAAGUGCCAGGAGGACGAGCUGGUGUUGAAUACUAUUUCCUGGAUGACAAUGGUACUAGUUUCAAGGCCAUAGUUGAGAAAGAGGAUCUGCAGAUGCCGAAUCAUCUCCUCGGUCACAAGCGGAGGUUCCUGCAACUUAGCUUUGCUAAUGUUGGAGACUUGCUGGGGGUUCGGAAGUCGAUAUUACCAAUUGCGCAGAAAAAUAAGAAGAAUGUGAAUGCUAUGGACACCUAUGCGGAGAUGGCUAGCUCAAAUGUUGGAUUUGAUCUUUUCGAUGAAGAGGUUAAUGAUAGGCCCCAGAAAGCAUUUAUAGACGCUAGCGAGUACAUCGUUGAUAUUCGAGAAUAUGAUGUUCCAUACCACGUUCGAGUUUCCAUUGAUAAAGAUAUUCGGAUCGGGAAAUGGUAUUCAGUCCAGUCCAAGAACGGAGUUAUUUCUUUAAGCUGUAUUGAGGACCGUCUCAAGCGAGCGGAUCCUGUUGUCCUGGCUUAUGAUAUUGAGACGACCAAACUGCCCUUGAAAUUCCCGGAUCCGGUCAUCGACCAAAUAAUGAUGAUAUCAUACAUGAUUGAUGGACAAGGGUUUCUCAUAACGAAUAGAGAAAUCGUCUCUGAAGAUAUUGCCGAUUUCGAGUAUACGCCGAAACCAGAAUAUGACGGACCCUUUACCAUUUUUAAUGAACCAGAUGAAAAAAGGGUCAUCGAACGUUUCUUCGCCCAUAUUAAAGAGGCGAAACCUACUGUAAUCGCAACUUACAACGGUGACUUCUUUGACUGGGCAUUCGUUGAGGCUCGAGCUAGCGUACAAGGGAUUGACAUGUACGCUGAGAUUGGGUUUCGGAAGAAUAGUGAAGAUAUCUACCAAAGCAAUUACUGCGUUCAUAUGGAUUGCUUUGCAUGGGUCAAUCGAGACAGCUACCUCCCACAAGGAAGUCGAGGUCUAAAAGCUGUGACCGUGGCAAAACUGGGCUAUGAUCCAGACGAGCUUGAUCCCGAGGUCAUGACGAGAUACGCGAGCGAACGUCCCCAGACUUUGGCUGAAUACUCAGUUUCUGAUGCCGUGGCAACAUAUUACCUCUACAUGAAAUACAUCCAUCCGUUUAUUUUUUCGCUCUGUACGAUUAUUCCUCUUAACCCUGACGAUGUUCUCCGUAAGGGCACGGGAACACUCUGUGAGAUGUUGCUUAUGGUACAGGCAUACAGGGGAAACAUUAUCUUGCCAAACAAACACACAGAGCCACCCGAAGCGUUCUGGAACGGCCAUUUGCUUGAUUCUCAAACAUAUGUCGGAGGUCAUGUGGAAAGUAUCGAAGCCGGCGUUUUCAGGAGUGAUAUUCCAGUUAAUUUCACAGUCGAUCCAGCUGCCAUUGACGAACUACUCCACGACCUUGAUGCCGCUCUAAAGUUUAGUAUUGUUGUGGAGGAGAAAAAGGCCCUGGAUGAUGUUAUCAAUUACGACAAGGUUAAAGCUCAGAUUGCUAAAAAGUUGCUCAAUUUAAAGGAGACCCCGAAUAGGAACGAGAAACCCUCGAUAUACCACUUAGACGUUGCAUCCAUGUAUCCUAACAUCAUGACCACCAACCGUCUCCAACCAGACUCCAUGAUACAAGAAUCGGACUGUGCGGUCUGUGAUUUCAAUCGACCAGGGAAAACAUGUGAUCGACGUAUGCCUUGGUCUUGGAGAGGUGAAUAUAUUCCCGCAAAGCGGGAUGAAUACAAUAUGAUUCGACGUGCUGUGGCGAACGAGAAAUUCCCGGGGAAGACGAAAAAGAGCCCGAUGAGGGCGUUCGAAGAACUCAGCACGAGCGAACAAGCCACCAUUGUAAAGAAGCGGUUGCAAGACUACAGCAAAAAGAUCUAUCACAGAAUCUACGAGAGCAAAACCGUUCAGCGGGAGGCCAUCAUCUGUCAGCGGGAAAAUCCUUUUUACGUUGAUACAGUGCGAAGCUUCAGAGACCGGCGAUAUGAUUUUAAGGGUCAACAAAAAGUCUGGAAGGUCAAAACAGACUCGUUAAAGGCUGCAGGAGCUCCCGCAGUAGAAAUCGAGGAGGCCAAAAAAAUGAUUAUCCUUUUUGAUUCCCUCCAGCUGGCACAUAAGUCAUCUUGA